AUGCCAGGUGGUCCCCUCGCGUCCGGUGCAGGUAUCGGAGCCAACGCACCAAAGUCCAAGCUCGCUGGCAUCGGUAUCGUCGCCUUCGCCGCCUUCGGUGGCAUCCUCUUCGGUUAUGACACCGGUAUCAUCUCUGGCAUCAUCGAGAUGAACGACUGGCUCAGGACUUUUGGUGUCGCCACAACCGACCUCAAAGACUACCCCAGCGGUUACUACCUCCCCUCUAACAGACAGUCUCUCGUCGUCUCCAUUCUCUCCGCCGGUACCUUCUUCGGUUCUCUUCUCGGUGCUCCUGCUGCCGACAUCCUAGGUCGUCGCAUCGGCAUCAUGGUCUCCACCCUCGUCUUCUCCCUUGGCGUCGCCCUUCAGGUCGGUUCUCACACCCUCCCCACCUUCGUCGUUGGCCGUGUCUUCGCCGGUCUCGGUGUCGGCCUUGUCUCUACCCUCAUCCCCAUGUACCAAUCAGAGUGUGCGCCCAAAUGGAUUCGUGGUGCCGUCGUCGGCGGCUACCAAUGGGCUGUCACCAUCGGUCUGCUCCUCGCCUCCGUCUUCAACAACGCGACCAAGAACCGCAACAGCCACGCUGCAUGGAGAAUCCCCACUUCCAUCCAGUUCAUUUGGGCGUUUAUCCUCUGCACGGGCAUGAUCUUUCUUCCUGAGUCACCCCGUUGGCUCAUCAAGCAGGGCCGUGAUGAGGCUGCCGCCAAAUCCCUCUCGCGUCUCGUUGGUCUUCGUCCUGAAGACCCAGAGGUUCAGACAGAACUCAACGAGAUCCGUGUCAACCUCGAUGAAGAGAAGGAGCUCGGCGAGAGCUCCUACCUCGACUGCUUCAGGUUCACCCACAACAAGAUCGCCCUCCGUACCCUCACCGGUAUCUUCAUCCAGGCAUGGCAGCAGCUCACCGGUAUCAACUUCAUCUUUUACUACGGCACGACCUUCUUCACAAACUCGGGUAUCAGCAACCCCUUCCUCAUCUCCGUAGCCACCAACAUUGUUAACGUCUUCAUGACUCUCCCCGGCAUGUGGGGUGUCGAGCGCUUUGGUCGUCGUAGCUUGCUGCUCUGGGGUGCCGCGCUGAUGUGCAUCUGCGAGUUCCUUAUCGCGAUCAUCGGUGUCACCAUCUCGGUGCACAACAAGCCCGGCCAGCAGGGGCUGAUUGCCCUUGUCUGCAUUUACAUUGCCGCCUUCGCAUCGACUUGGGGUCCCAUCGCUUGGAUCAUCACCGGCGAGAUUUUCCCGCUGAACGUCCGUGCCAAGGCCAUGUCCAUGUCCGUUGCCUCUAACUGGCUGUGGAACUUCGGUAUCGGGUAUGCCACGCCAUACCUCGUCAAUACCGGCCCAGGAAACGCAGCGCUUGGUGCCAAGGUGUUCUUCAUAUGGGGCUCUACGUGUUUGGGUGCCCUCAUCUUCACCUACUUCUGCGUACCAGAGACCAAGGGCCUCUCGCUCGAGCAGAUCGAUAUCUUGUACCAGAACUCCACCCCUCUCACCUCCGUCAAGUACCGCCGCGAGCUCAUCGCGAACAAUGUCCACGUCGCCGACUCCAGGGUCCACAUUGACGACAAGGCGUCGGAAGAGAAGGUCUGA